GUCGAGUUUGACGUUUGAUGACGGAUUUGUUAUUGGGGGCGUAGUGAUAUCAUAAUUUUUAUCACUGAAAUUAAGGAAAACACCGUAUUUAUUUGCAAAAUAUACACAAUGUCCUCUCCUCCUCCUACUAAACCCCCUCGGGGGGUCAAACAAGGAAAAGAAACAAGUGGUUUGCUGAUGUCAGUAAUCCGCACUCUCUCAGCGAGUGAAACAAAUGAACAGCGGGAGAAAGAGCGAGCCAAACUCGAGAAGGAGUACAAGAAGAGUGAUGCAAGACUCGAUGAGCUUGUGGAACAACAUGCUCAGGAGAUUAUGGAUGUUAUGCAGAAAUUCGGUGCGGUUACCACAGCACUGUCAGUGUGGGGCCAGCACUGUGACGCGGUGGUCGCGCGACUCGGCGCGUGUCGCGGCUUGCUGCGGCUGCGGAGAGAUGAUCUGAGGAGACUGUGGGCGGACGCUCGUACCCAUCAUUAUGCACUACAGAUGUUGACUGACAUUGAACGCGUAGUAGUAUCAGAGCGAGAAACCCGCGAGUCGCUGUCCGCGGGCCGCGUGCUCGCCGCCGCGCACACGCUGAAGGCAGCCCUCGACACCGCCGACACCACGCUGUCGCAUGUCGACGCUCUCAACACUACGAGGCAGCAUUUACAGCAAAAGAAACGUGAGCUAGUGGAAGUGAUAGUCCGUCGCGUGAGUGAGGCGGUGUACCGCGACGAGCGGGCGCCGCUCACGAGACGCGUGUCCGCCAGGAGACGCACUGCGCUACUGCUGGCCGAAUUAACAAAAAGCGAAGAGGUGACAGACGCAUACUUACAAGAAGUGACACCGGAGUUCGAAGCAUCGUUAUCGGAGGAAGAUAAAACCUUUGAGACUACGGUCAUGAUAUCGCUUGAGGCUUUGGGCGUUUUGGAACAACUGAAAGAGGCUACUGAGAAAUUCAAAGUCCAAAUACAGAACGAACUUCUAGAAGUAAUAGACUCAGUCUCUCGCCGUAUAAUAGAGGAAGGCGAGGUUGAAGCGGAUGCUGAGUUAGACGAGGAUGGAGAGAUGCCCGACAGCGAGGGUGUGACAGAGACGGGCAGACCACUUGCGAGAUUGGUUACGAGUUUAGGGGAGGAGUUUAGAGCUUGCGCUACUAGGAAUAAGAGAUUGUUACAAUUAUGGAGAGCUUCGCUACAGAAGUAUCGGCUGCCCGACACCUGUCUACAUACUGAGCAGCAUUACUGGAGUGCCGUACAACAAGUGCUACAACUGCUGCUAACAGAAUACCUAGAGAUAGAGAGUGUGAACUUAGCGGCACAACGUUCCGUCGCCGCAGUGACCGACACUACGGAGCUGCGGCUCGCCGACUAUUUCGCUAAGAAACGCCCGCAGAGACGACGACCUAAACUGUUCAAGCUUUCAGGUCCCCCGGCGGUAUCGCCUAGCUUGUCAGCAAGACGUCACAACUACCCGCUAGUGUGUCGGCCGGAUCCCGCACAUUUGCAUGCAGUGUUGCCAGCCUUGCAUCCUCUGUGUGCUCACAUUGAACCUGUUACUGGGGGUGGCGAGUGUUCUCUCCGCGCGUUCAUCACGGACUACGUGCGCUGCGGCGAGUCCGAGCGCCUCGCGUCCGCCGCCAGGCAGCAGAUAGACGACGCCAUGCGGGCACCCAGCGCCUGGCGGGAGCGGGCCCCGCAUCAGGGACCUGGGUCUCGUCAGCGCACGAUCUUCACAUGUUGCGGCAUUGGGUGGCGGGCCCUCGCCGACACAGCGCUAGCCGCGCGUCGCUGCGGCACGUGCGGCGGCUUGGAGGCUCUGCGCGCGACUGGCGCCGCCCUCGCCGCGCUCGCCACGCACUGCCGGGCGGCGCAUGCGCGGCUCUGUCCUACUACUGCACAAGGACCACCAAGAGCUCAAAAGUGGUUGGCUGAUGACGACAUCGUAAGAUUCCUACAAUCACUACCCAACUGGACUGCUGCUAUUCAACAAGAUGCGAAGCUUAACGCUGACGAUUUAAAGCAAGCAUAUGAACGUGAGGCAGAGAUCCUAGGUUCGAGUCUCGGUGAUGGUGCGGUCACUCGCAAAGAAAUCAUAUCGGAUAUCAACGCGCUUGCUGAUCUAGCUGUGUUGUGUGAGACUAUGGACUGGUUAAGCACCAACAUCAGAGGUCUGCCAUCAGUGCUGGGAGGUCCGGGAGGCCUCACGAAGCUUUCCGACAAGUUCCUCAACGACUUGUCAUCUGCCGCCAUGAUAUUCGACGAGAUCGCACAUAAGUGUUUACUGUUUCUGCAUUUGGAGUUACGCAUCGAAUGCUUCCACUACCUGGGACAAGAGGACCGCGUGGAUGGCGCGGAUGACACGCAGAGCGAUGGGUCGCCGGCGGGCGGGGCGGCGUUGUUAGCUCAUGCGUUACUGACCUUCCAUGAACAUGCUGCACCCGUGUUGGCGCCGCAUCGACUUACCUACGUGCUAGCGGGCCUGGGCGAGAUGAUGUCGGCCGGCGUGGUGUGGCGCUGGCAGGGCGAGGCGGGCGCGCGCGGCGACUCGGCUCGCCUGGCGUCGCUGCGGCACUGCCUCGCCGCGCUGGCGCUGCCGCACCGCGGCCUGCACCGCGCGCACGCCUACCUGCACCUACUCACUUGUACGCCACAGGAGAUCAUAACAUCAGUUCGCGAGAAAGGCGCUCAAUUCACGGAGCUAGAAUACUUAAACGCUUUCAAAGUGAUCGAAACCCGUCGCGGCAUAUCGCCCACAGAUAUGAAAAUGCAUUUGAAGCAACUUUCUGCCGCUUUGGGCCAUGUGGGCGUCACUGUGUAGACUGAAUUGUUUAAAAAAAGGUUUAGUUUUUGUAUGAAAACUUUUUGGUUCAUAUUUAUGGUAGAUAGAUUAUGUAGUGCGGUAUAUACAAAGACUCUAUCUAAAAAAAUAAGAAAUAGGGAUUCUAAUAUUAUUAUGUUCUAUUAAAA